UACCUAAAAGAGGUAGCAGUGACACACUUUCCAUUUUCCUUCAGUGAUCCCUGAAGAGACACAACAGAGAUGAGCCUAGACUCCCUAUUUCACCACAUUCUCCUGGCAGAGCAAAAAUCAGAGGAGAAGAGGCGUCUCAUGCACCAAGUUAAACAGGAAAUAGCCUUAAGUCAUGAAAAAGUGAAACAAGCAACAGAACAACUGGAUGAAGCAAAAAGAAAAUUAGAAACUGAGGUUCAGCUGCUAUCUGAAAAGAUCGUUGACUUGGAACUCUUAAAAAAACGGGAAGAGAGUUUGGAAAAACAGAAAGCCGAACUUCUAAAUCAAAACUGUAUUCUGCUUAAAACUUUGACAGAUUCAAAGGAAAAAAUGGCCAGUGAGGAAGAGAUGUUUUUGAAGCAAAUUACGGACUUCAACAAUGAGUAUGGCCUAACAUCCACUCGGGAGCUUUUAAUUAAAAAACGAGUCAAAGCUGAAAUAUGUGACUUAGAAGAAAGAGAAAAUGUUUUGAGAAAUGAAAUUGAGUCAAUGGAACGUGAAAAUGUUCAAUUAAAAAUGUUUCAUCUGCAGAAGAAUGAAUUAAAACAGGAUCUAUCUAUUCUCCAGAAGAAACUCAAAGAUUUUGAAGAUGAGAUAAGGGAAGCUAAAACCACCACAAAAUGUUUAGAAGCAGAAAAAAUCAAAAUCAGUGAAAAACCUCAAACCGAUGCUGAAUAUGUAAGGCUUAAAAAGGAACUGGAGAGUUACCGAGAAGACAAAAUGGAAAAUGUCUGUGAAGCUCUUCAAACGGAAAUUGAAUUUCUGCAGAUGAAACUGUUACAAAAAAAUCUUCAGUCAAAUAAAUAACAGAUGGUGGAUUGAUUCAAAUGUCACAGAAACAAGUAUUGCAGUAUUUGGAAAAAUGCUGCUUUUGUAAGCCUUUGUUGUUAAAUUUAUCAUCUUCUAUAUUUCCUGCUAGUAAAACAAGAAGCCUGUUUUUCACAA